UUCCCAGUCGCCGCGCUGAUCGAUCCUCCGUCUGGCAACCGACAUCCCGAACUUCGUUAAUUUUAAUCUGCGAAGAACCCAGCUCGAAGGUGUUUUGGGUUUUGGACGAUGUCGGCGACGAAUGGCGUGGAUGAUUUCCAUGUCCAAUCUGCAUGAUUCGCGCUAGCUGUUGCGGUGGCCAGAUCGAGUCCAGGUCAAACCGAAUCGCCCCUCACUCAAUCUUUGAGUUUCCGUCACGAGCAGAGCUCGAAUCCACUGACGAACUCGCUCGGCAUGUCGAGCCAUGCCGCCGUGCACGCCGCCAGGAGGAAGUUGCAGAUGUCGCCCGCUGAUCUUCACGCCGCGCCACCGAAAAAGUUCAGAAUUGAAAAUUAUUGUGCGAAGCCCUCCAGUGCCGGAGCCUGCGAGAGCCCAGAUGAGUACGUGACGGUGAACUCGGAAAUCUCCCGCGAAGACGAUGAAGAGCGGACUCCCGUUUGGGUUGAGGAUCACUACAAGAACGAGAUAAUUGCGAAUCUCCUGAUUCGCGAGACCGUACGUCUCCCUUUGGGUUGUCGAUCGUCGUACACCCCGCACAGACACCGCAUCAUAGACUGGAUGUGCCGGGCGAAAGAGGCUCUCCGUAUCUGCGAAGAAGUUCAUCAAUUGGCGGUUUACUUCUUCGAUCGAUACGUCGAUGGUGCUUCAACUCUGUUCCUGGAAACCAAACUCGACCUCCACGUUCUCUGCUGCAUCCAGCUAGCCGUGGAACGUGACUCUUCCCGUCAUAAAUACAUUCAUGGGUCUAUUCAGAGAUUACCUCCUUGA